AUGCUGAUGAUGGAGGACGACGAAUUAGACGCUCAUCAGGUUGAUUCGGAUUUCGAGCCGCAAAGCCGGCCUCGCUCAUGCACCUGGCCGCUGCCUUGCCCGGAGGAUUUCCCCGGUGGACACGAGGUCAGCGGGGGUCUUCCACUGGCCAACAUCAAGGUGGAACCGGAGGACGUCCCCGCUUGCAGAGCUGGGCUCGUGGGCGGAACGCCGGGCGAGCUGAAGCAUCCAGCCGGCGCCCCGGCACCCACGGGCGCGACGCACCCAUGCUUGGCCGGCGCGGCGCUCGACGUGACCGGACCGCUGCGUAAAGCCAAAUCCUCGCGGCGGAACGCGUGGGGGAACCAGUCCUACGCGGAUCUCAUUACCCGCGCCAUUGAGAGCACCCCAGAAAAGAGACUCACGCUGUCACAGAUAUACGACUGGAUGGUCCGCUAUGUGCCCUAUUUCAAGGAUAAGGGCGACAGUAAUAGCUCAGCUGGCUGGAAGAACUCCAUCCGACACAACCUAUCCCUGCACACUCGCUUUAUCCGGGUGCAGAAUGAGGGGACCGGGAAGAGUUCAUGGUGGAUGCUGAACCCAGAUGGAGGGAAGAUGGGCAAAGCCCCACGGCGGCGAGCAGUCUCCAUGGACAACAGCACCAAAUACCUAAAGAGCAAAGGCCGCAUUAGAGGCAAGAGGGUUGGUCGUCCUGGGAUAGGAGCAGGCUCUGCUGUCGUGGGGCUCCAGGGCUCCCCCGACCAUGGCAGCCCACCACAGAAAGGCCUCCCAGGAGCUGGAGGGGCAUCUGGGACAGAUGGAGAAUUUGAUGCUUGGACGGACCUCCAUUCCAGGGCUAGUUCGUCAGCCUCCACCCUAAGUGGGCGUCUGUCACCCAUCCUUGCAGAGGAAGAACCCGAGGAACCAGAGGAGGGUGGCCUGUCCUGUUCCACCUCCCCCCACCUCUACCCCUCACCGACCAGUGCCCGCUCUCCAUCCAUGGGGACAGGAAAUCGCUGUCCUCCCCUUGAGCAGCUGCCUCAGCUGGCUAACCUGGCAGGUGCUAUCAGUCUGGAUGAGCAACACAAGCACCAAACCCCUGUCUACCAUUACAGCUCUGGAGUGAAGGGGCAGAGCUCUUAUGGUGCAGGCGUCUAUGGAGCAACAAGCAUGGGGAUUCUGCGCCACCACUCACCCAUGCAGACCAUUCAGGAGAACAAGCCAGCCAGUUUCUCUGGAACCAUGCGGGCGUACUCCAGUACAAAUGCCCUGCAGAGUCUGCUAACAGGGGGUCCAGCUGGGCAGCAAUAUUGUUCCAAGGAGAUGAUGCUGGGACAGGAGAGGGAAAGCCAUCCUAUGAUCGGCCAAGCUAGUAAUGGAGUAGGCUCCAACCAUCACAGCCACCACCCUGGUCACCACAAUGGCCACAGCCACAGCCACAGCCACAAUGGACCUCAUAGUCACAGUUCAGCUCAUAGCCAUAACAGAACUCACAGCCAUACCCCUAGUCAUAAUCACAACAGUGUAACCAACCACAACCACAACUCACCUCACAGCCUCGCUCACAACAGUCACAACCUCAACCAGAGCCAUAACCACACACCCCCCCGGGCUGCGGCCCUGACCCCACGUGGCAACAGCAAUCAGCUGCAGACCUACAGCCACAAAGCACCCUACCUGUACAGCCCCCCAUCACAUGCCCACCUCCCUGCCUCCACCACCCUCCCCCCAAACCCAGCAGGUAUGCUUGGCAUGCCACAGGACUCCUGUCAUGUGGCUGCCGCCCCACAACCGCACCCCCGUCACAACCAUUACCCUGACCCACAACACCAAGGCAUGACUAAUGGACCUUACCACCAUGGCCAGGGGAUGGGGAAUGGUAGCAUUGGUAGCAACUACCAUGGCUAUCACCAACCUCACCCCCAUGAGAGACUACCAGCUGACUUGGACAUUGACAUGUUCCACGGUAGCUUGGACUGCGAUGUGGAAUCCAUCCUACUCCAUGACAUUAUGGACUCUGGGGAGGAGAUGGACUUUAACUUUGACUGCUCCUUAGCCCAGGGUGUGGGCAUCGGCAUGGGUAUGGGCAUGGGUGUCACCAUGGGCAUGGGGAUGGGAAUGAGCAGUUUAGCCAGUCCACAACAAGCCCAUAGCAACCAGAGCUGGGUGCCUGGCUGAAGUCUAGAACAAGACAUCCUACCUUCAGAAAGAACUGCCCCACCCAUGAAGCACUGUGCUCAACUGUGACAUUUCUGACUUGACACAGAGACUAUACGACCAACACUCUCAUCUCUCUUUGUUGUCUUGAUAGUUCUUCUGUCACCCCUUCCUCUUUUUAUCCCCCUCCCCCCAAAAGGAAUCUAGUUCAUGUCACAUUAGGUUUUUCCUCGUAUUAGCUAUACUGUGAUGACAAUCUCUCAGCUGUGCUUGCCCAACAUCGCUUCUCAUCUACCAUGAGAACUGAACUCUCAAUGCACUUUAUUGCAAGUGGGCGACAUCUCACAGUGCAACAUGUUCACAGAGCGGCUCAGGCAGAGCUCGGCAUGUUUUGUAAGGUGGCUGCAGGAUUUGAUGGGAACAAAUGAGGAAACCAAAAGCUCUGUUGAUAAGAUGUCAGAUCUUGGCAUUGAAUUAAAAUUGGACUCCUUUUCUCCUCAUAUGCUGUCAUUGUCAGUGGUGGGAACAAUCUUUUUUUUUUUCCAAUAUAUCCUUAGUUGCUUUGUGAUUAGAUCCUUCGUUUUUUAAAUUCUGUGUUAGCUCAAAACCUUAGACAUUUCCUCUUCCUUAUCUCUCAACUUACCAAAUUUAAAAUAUGAAUAAAUACAAUAUUGUUAAAUUUAAUCCUGAUUUGAAACUGGUUUUACAGUAUUUGUACAAUGUUUUUAAAUAGAAAUCUGACCUGAAACCAGUUUACCAUUUUAAUGAUGACAUUCACAUAUUCAUCAGUUCCAAUUAGUUAUCUUACAUCAACAGUCCUUUUAUUUACAGCUCUAUGCAUUCAGUCCUUGCCACUCUGACUUUUCUUUUGGAUGUAACAUUUCGUUAAUGCCCUUUUGCCAUUGGCUAGAGAAUAUUGUCACUACAUCGUUAAAUGGAUUCUAUCAUUACUGGCUAGCAUGCAAUUUGGUGAAUUAAGAUGUCAUAUCACCUGUUCUUCCCGUGCCAGUUUCUCUCUCUCUCUCUCUCUCUCCUUCUCUAAAUCUCUCCCACUCUGCCUGCCAGUGGAGACAAAGUGACCAUUCCUCACACCAAGCCAUUAAUGUGGCUUGAUUGAAAUUCAGCAUCUUGCUUUUAAUCUCCAAAGUGAUGCGGCAGCGAUGCGUCAUUAUUGAGAAUCUAACGCGCUGUCCUCCCAUCUCUCACCCCGGCCGUCCGGGCUGCCACUCGCUUCUCCAACUUAAUGUGCCAAGAAAGCGAGACAAAACUGUGAUUAACGCCAAGUAACUCUGCCUGGUGUGCUGCUCUGAGAAGGCCCAAUGUCACUGUCCGCUUGCCUGCUCACAGAGGGUACAAAAAAAAAAAGAAAAGAUGUAGACAAGGAUAGAACAAAAGUCUGUUGUUGCCGUGGGAUCAAUCAUCAGCCUCUGUUUCCAUGCUCUUUGGGCGUGUGUCUGAAAACAGGUAGUGUAUUUGUAUUGUAAAUCAUCUCCAUAUCUGUAUUUUGUGUUCCCUUGUUCCCAUGUUUUCUGUGCUUAUACCCCGAGCUUCAAAUACUCAAAUAGGUGCAAAGGGGGGAGAUUUAAGGAGAAAACAAUCAGCCAAUCUGAGAGGCAUGAGUCUAUGUCAAACAGGGUUGUGAUGUCCCACAGCCAUCCACAUCCACUUUUUGUGUGUUUAUUCUGUUGUCUUGUAGUUGUUGUUGUAUUGUUGAAAUUCUAAGGACCAACAAGAACAGUGCUGAAAUAUCCGCAGUGUAAGGAUGAAAUUCAAUGAUGAAAUGAUGUUGGUAGUGCAGUACGACCUUCCUAUACUCCAAUACCGUGCACCCCUCCCACAUGUGCUCCGCUCAGUUGUCUCUGUGUUUGUGAGUGGGGGAGUCUGAAGCUUGUUUCUCACUGGCCUUGGGAGGGAAAAAAAGAGGACAUCCCUAUUCUCUAGUUCCCUCAAGGAGACUCUCUGUGCCUGGUCUGUACCAAGUACGGCACA